AUGGUGGAGGUGAGAGGCGGGGACACGUGGACGGAGGAGCUGGCCAGUCUCAUAGAGGAUUCGGGCGUGCGCUACGGCGGAGAUCUGAACGGCUCCUCCGCGACGCCGUUUGAGGUGAGGGGGUCCGUGUACGCGCCGCAGAGCGAGUCGGUGGAGUCCGGGGAGAGCUUGAAGGAGCAGGCCUGGGGGUUCGUCAUGGCGUGGUGCGAGAUACUCUUCGAGCUGGGGAGAGGGUUUAGGGACAUUCUGCGGCAGAACUUGAUGAACGAGGAUUCCUAUAUCGUGAGGAAGUUCGGUGGUCCUUGUUCCAAGGUUUCGAAGCGGUUGAGUUUUCUCAACGACUUUCUCCCUGAGGAUCGUGAUCCCGUUCAUGCUUGGUCCGUUGUCUUGUUCGUUUUCAUUCUCGCGCUCGCGGCUAUAAGUGUAGAUCCCAGUCGUGAGACAGUAGCUCCUAUGACGAAGGUGCGUAAACAUCCUCCUAGUGCUAGUCGUGUGCAACUUCCUGAUGGUAGAUACAUGGCUUAUCAUGAGCAAGGUGUUUCGUCAGACACUGCUAGAUUUUCACUUGUCGCCCCUCAUUCUUUUCUUUCGUCCAGACUAGCAGGUUUACCUGGAGUCAAAAGAUCUUUGCUUGAAGAGUAUGGCAUUCGCUUUGUCACGUAUGAUCUUCCUGGUUUUGGGGAGAGUGAUCCUCAUCCCGCUAGAGAUCUCAACUCAUCAGCUAUGGAUAUUCUGCAUCUAGUCAAUGCUGUCAAUGUUAGUGAUAAGUUCUGGUUACUAUGUCACUCCAGUGGAUGCAUUCAUGCCUGGGCUUCUCUCAGAUAUAUUCCUGAGAGAAUAGCAGGUGCUGCAAUGUUGGCUCCUAUGAUUAACCCAUACGACCCGCACAUGACUAAGGAGGAAACAAAAAGAACUUGGGAGAAGUGGCUGCCAAAGAGGAAAAUGAUGUAUUCCUUGGCUCGUAGAUUUCCGAAACUUCUCAGUUUUUUCUAUCGAAAAAGCUUCUUACCUGAAGAGCAUGACAAGAUUGAUAAACUGCUAUCUUUCUCACCAGGAAAGAAGGAUAAACUUGUGAUUGAAGAACCAGAAUUUGAGGAAUUUUGGCAAAGGGAUGUGGAGGAGUCAGUUCGUCAGGGAAAGAUACGGCCAUUUAUAGAAGAAGCUGUUAUGCAGGUAUCAAAUUGGGGUUUCGACCUUAGAGAACUUCAUGUGCAAAAGAAGUGUCAAACAAGAGGCAUACUACUUUGGCUGAAAUCCAUGUACAGUCAGGCGGACUGUGAAUUAGCAGGAUUUCUCGGCCUUACACACAUAUGGCAGGGACUGGAUGAUAGGGUGGUCCCACCAUCAAUGAUGGAGUACAUAGAACGGGUUUUGCCAGAAGCUGUUAUCCAUAAACUUCCAAACGAGGCCCACUUCUCCUAUUUCUAUUUCUGUGAUCAAUGCCAUAGGCAGAUUUUUGCCACUCUCUUUGGAACUCCUCAAGGUCCCGUUGAACGACAAGAGGAACCAGCAUCGGAGGAAGCUAAGGAAGAAGAGGUUUUACAAAUACCUUCUUAA